AAGGCCUGGCUAAACUAGAAAAAUUAGGAAACUUCGUUGCAGAUACACUGUUUCUUGUUCUAGUUACGGCCAAAUUAGAGCGAACAAAACAAAUAUUCUACUGCCCCAGUGGCUACACGAAGAAACAUUGUCUCAGAAAACAAAGGCUCAGGCAUGCGCAUAGUAGACAGACUGCCUUUCGAAGGAGCCUGGGGAAGACUUUAGCAUAUUACAUCGAUUUGACAGUAAGCCUCUUCCUUUUUGUCGCUAUUUAUGCAGUCUUCAUGAACUACAUCCCAUUAAUGGGCUCGGUCCUCAAACAGGUUUAUUAGUAACUCUGUAUCCUCGUCCUUCUAAUUCAUUUCCUAUUUUCCCUUCUAUGACCUGCUUCUGCUCUUCUACUUCGACUUCGCCGUCAGCCAUUGUUGUACGCCUGCCGUUGCUGGGAAACCUUUUUUAAUGGACAGGCUAUAUUGAGCAUAAAUUGACUUCCGUCGCUAAAAGGUGAAAUUUCAUAGCUUUUCAAACAAGAACAAUUGUAUUCGUACGUAAUGUUUCCUUGUAAAUAUUAACUGUUGUAAUUAGCGUCAUAUUCAACACGCUCAAAUAUAUCUAAUAUAUUGCAUAUCGACAGGAAAAUUGUCGUUGAGUAAACCCGUUCGGCAGGGGUUAAAAUAACUCCAUUAGCUACCUCACUGCGCUUGACAGGUCAGAAACCAGAAUUAUCUAGAGCUGAAUUGAGACUGAGAAUCAAAUAUCUCAUCAGUAAUAAAUACCUUUAAAUAAUAACAGCAACGAGGGUUUGUACACAAAUUGAAAGUUUAAUACUGCUUCAAAACUUUAAAGUUUUUUUUUCCGUAAGUCGUCAAAGUCAUGAAGGAAUCAUUUUCUAAAGAGCUUGCUUUGAGGACGGACGCCCUUGUUUGGAUUGAAACAGUUUUGUUAGCUCUCAUCAAUGUUGUGGCCUUCUUUGGCAAUCUCCUUACUUGUUACGCCGUGUACAGAAACCACAGCCUUCGUACGCUUCCCAACAUGCUUGUGAUAGCGCUUGAUGUAAGCGAUAUUCUCAUGUCCAUCUUCUGUAUGCCUUUUUCAGUUGUAACUCUUUUUCGCGGCCACUGGAUUUUUGGUGAGAGUUUUUGUCGUUUUGUCGGUUUUGGAGCAUUCACAUUUGGAUUUGCUUCUCUUCAGACUAUGGGAUUAAUUGCAGUAAGUCGAUAUUACUGCGUUGUCAAACCGGAAAAGUACGCGGUCUUGUUCAAAAAACAAAGAGCUUUGCUGUACAUUGCUGUUGUUUGGUGCGUAGCUCUCGUUGGAUCUGUGCCUCCGUUCUUCUUUAACAACUCUGGAUUUGAAUUCCACCCGGGUGAAGCCAUGUGCUUGUAUACAUUUGAAAGAAACAUUACCUACGCUGUCUUUCUUGGGCUCAUUUAUAUUGCAGCACCCUUAACAGUAAUUAAAAUCUGCUACGCCAAAGUGUUCUGCUCAGUAUCGCAAUCAAACCGUGUUUUCUCGCUUCAAAACAACUUGCAGCAACUCAGAGCGAACGUGGAAGAAGCAAAAGUUACCAAGACUUUAGCAGCAGUAAUGGUCGGUUUUACAUGUUGUUGGCUUCCUAUCUCUGUCAUGGACUACAUCGACGUCGCACAAGGGAAAUCCACUUUUUCGCGACAAGCUUACCUUACAUACGGGUUCUUGAUUUACCUUAGUAGCGCCAUAAACCCUUUCAUAUAUGGAGUAACAAAUAAACAGUUCAGGCGAGAGUACAAAGCUAUUUUGAGUCAGAUUCUCUGACUUCGGCGCCAAAACGAUCACCAGAGUUAUCAUAAAGCAAAGCCUUCACGCACUUUGUUACAGCUUCGGAGGGGAUAUACGUACAAGAAACCCACUUGAGCGCAGAGUAUUAUAAUAUAAACGUUUUUUUUCUUAAUUAACCUUUGCGAACUCGCCGAUGUACACCAAAAUGUAUCUGCAGAUAAACCAUUUGGGCCAAAAGUUGAGUUUAUAACCCGUUUAUUCACACCCAAGUCCAUCUAUCUACAUUUUCAGGCGGAGCGGUGAAACUGAAUAAAGGAAACUACCAUUUACAGCAUUUUCAGUAAAUUCCGGUUUCGAUGCGUAAAUGGAUAUGACUCUUUCUCUGUGUACAGCCCACUAGAAAAUUUCCGGGACAAAGAAAAACUACUUUUGUAAGGGUCAUACGCGUGCCAUUUACCAGUCUGGCCGUUACUAAUGAAAAUUCAUAUUCCAUGUAAAGUUUUGUAUCGUUUACAGCAGCCCCAAUCCUUUUGGUUUUCACAGCCUUAGCCUUAAUUAUCCUCAACGUUUCUUUGUUCUUCCCGUACGGUGAUUCCUCACUAAAAUUUCCGUAAUUUCGUUCUAAAUAGUAAACAGCCACUGUUACCUAAUGUUCUAAUUUUUUCCACAU